AAUUUUAAAAAAUUUUUAAUUUGUAUACAAAAAAAAGCAAGCCCAAAAUCAAGCCUCAGCAGAAGUCGCCAACGCAAGUAGAAAAAAUAUGGCUAGCCACCGAUCGAUUGGCGCGGAAAAUUCCACUCAUACGGGGGGCCCCUGCAAUGAAUUCGGAACUCUUGAGUCUGAAAUAAUACCCAGACCCUAUGAUUUGAUGCGUCAACGCAACUGCAAGGCGGAGAAAGUCAUCCAAUUGGAGCGGUAUCCCAGCAUUCGUCCGCCGAUUUCAAAGUGCAGUUACGAACAGACGAAGAACUGGCUGUUGGAUUCGGUGGACAAGGGAGGCUGUGUGGACCACAAUGCUAGGCUGCAAGACGCCCUUAAAAUUUGGAAACUGAGUCCGCACAAGAAGACGCUCGGUUAUUAUGGCGUGGCCGAUGGGAUGUAUCGACCGGAGGCCGUCAAGUUCAACAGGACAUUGGCAAGCUGCCUACAACAUGCCCGCGGCCCAAAAAGACGUGUUCGCAAGCCCUCACUAAAUUCUCCACAGCCAAAAAGACCGCCCCAACCCACUCUCUUAUGUCAGCCCUAUAUCCUUAACCGUCAAGCCUUAAAAGCGGAGCUCCAAAAGAUGCCCGUUGUGCGGCAAAAACUAAAUCCCAGUGAGGCUUUUGAAACGUUAUUCUGCGAAAAGCCAUUGGAUCCUGAUGAUCCUCUGGGGGUGGAUGCGGCUUCCACCAAAAUGGUAAGCUUAAGAGAAGCGCUGGAUAUAGCGAAAACAGAAACCAAACCUUCAAACCACGGUUUAAGACGAAAUCACUGGUACUGUCCACCGAAAUGUAUUGAGCCGGCAAACAAUUGCACUGCCUACGAGUGGGCCAAGUACAAGUUGGACUCUCGACCCUACAACGAGGCCUUCCAAAAGUGGUUUAAGGAGCAGCAAGUGCCAACAGAGAGGGAGCCGCACAACUACGAUGAGCUCUAUAAGCGAUUCCAAGCCUGCUUCGAGGUGAAACCUCAACCAGAUCCCGAUUGUGUGACCAUGGCGAAGUGCUGUGCAUAUAAGAUGAAGAAAGUGAAAGAGGAGGAUGGUGGUGGUCCUGGAGGAGGUGGUGGAGGAGAAGCAGGGGGAGGAGCAGGAGAAGGAGCAGGAGGAGGAGGGGGAGCAGGAGGAGGAGAAGGUGGAGGAGGAGGCCAAUCUGGUCCAGGUCCUGGUCCCGGUCCUGCUCCUGGGGGUCCAACCCAGCCAAGUGGUGGGGAAAAGGAUAAAGGAAUUGAUAAGACUACGGACAAGCCCAAAGACAACAAGGAUAAAGGCAAGAAUGAGGACAAGGAUAAACCCACAAACCCAGAUAAAGAUAAGGAUACGGGCAUUGACAAAGAAAAUAAGAAAGAUAAGGGUACGGGCAAAAAACCCGGAAAGGAUAAUACAAAGGGAACGGGCCAGAGUACGGACAAGGAAGAUAUAGAAAAUCCCGAUAAGGAAAGACCGAAACCCAAGCCUCCUGGCCAGAAACCGAUACCGCCCAAGGAGCAAGUAAUAGAAGGCACCACCGAUACAAAAUGGUCAAUUGGAUCCGACAGUGGAUCAGAUAAAGAACCGGACAAACCAGACGUGAACCAACCAAAUGAAGGGCCUCCUACAACAGACGUGGAAAAGCCCUACAAACCGCCGGAUAAGAAACCGCCAAAAAAGAAGCCACCCCAUAAGAAACCUGCAAAACCCUCGACGGUCGACGAGGGAAAGGUGGACGAGGUGAGGGACAGGUGCCCGCCGUGUCCUCCAGUGGGCUGCGAGUGCUGCAUUUGCGACAGUCUGUAUGCCAAGAAGAUUCCCAUCUCCCCGACCAUGAAGUCGGUGUUUGCCCAGGAAAAGGUUCGCGAAAUGAGGGAAUAUCUGCGGCGCAUGAGGCACAGGGAGUACAUGGAGUGCACUGGCCCAAAGCCAGUGGCCCCCCGGCACACGGUGGAUCCCAUUGACUGCGACAAUUGCUUCUGCCUGGACCCAAAGAUCUCCGAGUAUUGCGAAUGCCUGGGUGCCCUGCAACAUCUGCAGCGGCUCCUUCGCAAGGAGCGCCAUCCCAUUGUGAACAACGAGCUGAUCUUCAACCUCGAGGAUCUGCGUCAGAAAAUUGCCAAGCGAAUGUGCGAGUGCUUCUGAGAAGUGUAUGUUUUGAGCUGUUUUAUUAGCUUGUAUUCCAUUGACUCUUUUUAGUGCUUUUUCAAAAUUUGAAAAAAAUUUGAAUAAAAAUCGGAAUAAUUCA